CGCCUGCUGGGGGCGGCCCAGGUGGGGAAGACAUCUCUGAUCAUGGCUCUGGUGGGCGAGGAGUUCCCUGAAGAGGUGCCUCCUCGUGCGGAGGAGAUCACGAUCCCGGCUGAUGUCACCCCUGAGAAGGUCCCCACGCACAUAGUGGACUACUCAGAGUCAGAGCAGACGGAGGAUGAGCUGCAGGAGGAGAUUGCUAAGGCCAAUGUGGUCUGCGUGGUGUAUGAUGUCACCAAGGAGGCCACAAUCGAGAAGAUUCGCACAAAGUGGAUCCCCAUGGUGAAUGGGGGAGUUGAGAAGGGCUCCAGGAUCCCCAUUAUUUUAGUGGGAAACAAGUCCGACCUGCAAGUGGGGAGCUCCAUGGAUGUCAUUCUGCCCAUCAUGAACCAGUUCUCAGAGAUUGAGACCUGCGUGGAGUGCUCUGCCAAGAAUCUCAAGAACAUCUCUGAGCUCUUCUACUAUGCCCAGAAAGCUGUGCUGCACCCCACCGCCCCCCUUUAUGACCCAGAGGAGAAGCAGCUGAAACCUGCGUGCACACGAGCACUGACCCGGAUUUUCAGCCUCUCAGACCAGGAUAACAACCAGAUCCUUAGUGAUGAUGAACUCAACUACUUCCAGAAGUCCUGCUUUGGAAACCCACUGGCUCCCCAGGCUCUGGAGGAUGUGAAGAUGGUUGUGUGGAAGAACACCACAGAUGGGGUGCAGGACAACGGCCUGACGUUGAAUGGCUUCCUCUUCCUCAACACGCUCUUCAUCCAGAGGGGCCGGCACGAGACCACCUGGACCAUCCUUCGCCGCUUUGGCUACGACGACGAGCUGGCGCUGACAGAUGACUAUCUCUACCCACAGUUCCGCCUUCCCCCCGGCUGCUCCACAGAGCUCAACCACUUGGGCUACCAGUUCCUGCAGCGGCUGUUUGAGAAGCAUGACAAGGACCAGGACGGAGCCCUGUCACCCACAGAGCUGCAGAACUUCUUCAGCGUCUUUCCCUGUGUGCCCUGGGGCCCCGAGCUCUACAACACGGUAUGCACCACUGAUAAAGGCCUGCUUUCCCUGCAUGGAUUCCUCUGCCAGUGGACGCUCGUGGCUUACCUGGAUGUGCAGCACUGCCUGGAGUGCCUGGGCUACCUGGGCUACCCCAUCCUCUCGGAGCAGGACUCCCAGACACAAGCCCUCACGGUGACCCGGGAGAAGAGGAUUGACCUGGAGAAAGGCCAGACCCAGAGAAACGUUUUCCUCUGCAAGGUGCUGGGAGCCAGGGGCGCAGGCAAGUCCGCCUUCCUGCAGGCCUUCCUCGGCAGGAGCCUCGCGGCCCAAAGAGAGAACCCAGGAGAACCAUCCCUCUACACCAUCAACACGGUGCAGGUCAACGGUCAGGAAAAGUAUCUUAUACUGUAUGAGGUCAGCACUGACACGAAGUUCGUGAAGCCGUCGGAUGCAGCCUGCGAUGUCGCCUGCUUCAUCUAUGACCCGAGUGACCCCAAAUCCUUCAGCUACUGUGCCAGUAUUUAUAAGCAACACUACAUGGACAGCCAGAUCCCCUGCGUCUUUGUGGCCUCCAAGACAGACCUGCCAGAAGCGAGUCAGCAGCCCGGGCUCUCCCCCGCCGAGUUCUGCUACAAGCACUGCCUCCCACCGCCCUUCCUCUUCUCCUGCCACGGACAGGGUCCGCCCAGCACCACAAUCUACACCAAACUGGCCACCGCUGCCACCUUCCCCCACUUGAAUGCCGUGGAGCUGGGAGCCGCAUCCUUCUGGCUCCGGGUGGCCCUGGGGGCCGCGGUGACUGCUCUGGUAGGGUUCACGCUGUACCGUGUGCUAGCCAAGAACAAAUGAGUCUCUCUCCACCCCGUCCUCCCCGUGACACCAGCCUCCCCAUCCCCAUUGACGCCCCAGUGAGGGGCCCUGCCUCAAGCUGGUCCCUGCUGGGAAGUCCUCCCUUCCCCCCAGCCUGGAUUGCAGGACCAGUAAAACAGGACUUCCCAGCACCAGCAGGAUAGACCCCCUGACACUGGCCAGCCUCACCUAACGGCCUCUGCAGCCUCCUGGCCCUUGUGGCUCCUGCCCAGCCACAGCAGCCAGAGCCAGGUAGCUCUGCAUGGGGAGCUCUGCCAGCAGCUGGAGGAUCACCCUCAUCUUUUUAUUCUGUUUGUCUUUUUUUUUAACGUUUGUUUUUAAGCUCAAACAUGAGUGUUUCAGUAUUUGUUAGGCUGGGUACAUCCCUUCCCCCGAGGGUUGUGCUGGUGCCUUCAAUUUGGGGGGCACAACAGUCCCAGAGCCCCUGAGGCCCCCAGCAGCAGCAGCAGAGCGUUAAUGGGCUCAUGGCUUCAGCCCCCCGGGGCACACCUCCAGCCCCGGCCCUGUUUCCCUCUGCCAGUGGGAAUGGAAGUGGUGGAGGGCCAGGUGCUUACACCCCGAAAGCCCCUGUGUUCUGGGGACACUCCUGGCCCCUCCUGCUGGAAUGCUGUGGCUGCAGCCCCCAGGCUUGGGCUUCGAGAGGGGAGGGAGUGAUACUCGGGACUUGUCCCAUGAUCCUCUCUCGUUUCUGCUCAAAGAUACUGGAGUCCUGCAGCAUUCCAGCCUCUCAGCCCAUCUGCCCUUCUCCCCUGCCCAGCUGCAUGUCCCGUCCCCUUCCCAGCUCUGCCCUGGCCACCAGUAUUCAUGGCCACCAGUAUUUGCAGGGCCCCAGGAGCCCUGGUAUGCUGGGGAGGGCUGCGAGGGGGUCGGGUGUCUGCUGCGCUCCCCAGGGUAGGCUGCAGUCCUCUCCUGGCAGUGCCAUUGCUGAGCUGGUGCCACGCUGGCACAUGGCCCGGUCCUGCUGUCCCCUCCACAGAGCCCUGGCCACACAGGCUGGCCCAGCCUGCAGGGCUCUGGGUGUUGCAUCUCCUUCUACAACUGGAAGCUCUUUCCUCACCUGCCUCCUGCCCACACCCGAGCCAAUGUUUGCUGCUGGGCAGCUGCUGUGACUUCAGCUCAGCGCAGAUCUGGGGCCAGAGUCUCACAGCGUCCCUGUCUUCCUGAGUCCCAAAGAGCGAGGCCAGGCUGUGCUGGCCCCUGCACUUGGCUUCCACCUGUCCCUGGGCUCCCACCUUUCCAGUGCCACCAGUCUUCGGCUUUUCGAGCACACUCAGGGUAGGUUUCUUUGCAGGCAGCUGGUGGGGCAGCACUGAGGUAACAGCUGGAGGUGCUUUUCUGUAUGUUUUGUCUAUUUAAACUUUUUAUUGUGGCCUGGAGCCAGUGAGGGGUUGAGAAGUCGCUGGGCGGCAGCCAGCAUCUAUUUCUUACAGGGGCAGUCCCAGGGUGGUGCCCCCAUCCUGCUGGUGCCCGGUCCCCAGUGCUGGCCGGCCGGGGGGUCCCUGCCUAUGCCGGAGCCGCUCUGCCAGUCUGGCACCCGCUGCCGCCCCGCUCGCUGCUGGCUGUGCUUCGUGGCACUGCCAGGGCCCCAUCCCUGGUGUUUCUGUAUCCCUUCUCCGUGCCCGAGCCCACCGUGCACGGCUCUGCUAGCCAUGCCCGCAUCAGGUGGUGUGACCUCACUCCUGGAACUGGUCUGUGUCUGGCAAAGCCAUACCUUUUUAGGAGGUUUGUUCUCUACAUCAAAAUAAAUUUUUACACACCUUC